CUUCAAAGAAUCGACAACAGAAACAUCUGAUAUCCAUAUCUAACAUCACCAAAUUCUGCCUCAUCUUCUCGAAAGAUACUUAAUUGGAUAGCUUGCGUUCUAUUCAGACAUCUAAUUCGCCCAAAAAGCAUGCCUCUCUCCUGAAGUCUCCCUUGGCCCGAAAUCAAAGCGGACACGGCAUCAACGAAAACAGCAGUCGAUUGCGGAGACUCGAGUGAUUGAAAACGUGCUACCAGAGACAUGAGUCAACCUAGAACAGACCCUAAAGCUCGUGUAAGUACAAAAACCACAAUAGACAUCCAUAUCAUCAUCUUUAAAACGACUUCUGCUCACGUGAUAACCCCUAGAACAAUGACGAACCACAACAAAAUCCUUUGAUUCCAGACGAAGAAAAUGGCCCGAGCUAUGGCUCAAUCAAUAGUUCUAAUUCUAAAUUCAGACCCAAGCGGUGGAGCACAUGGGCCAGUAUUCCCGAUACUGAAACGGAUGAAGAAGAGAUCAGGUUCAGGAAGAUUUGGGAUUAUGCCAAGCCUAUUUUUAUAGUGGUAUUUCUUGGGGUGCUGUUCGCUGUGUUUAUGGCUUAUGAGACAGGUCAUGGACCUGGCUAUGGAGAACAUCCACCAGAGAAGAAGGGGAACUAAUCUGGGGAUGAGAAGCCCAGAACUUGCGCGCAGGAAAUCUUUGUGGGGCCUUUCACUGAA